GUUUUGUUAUACAGUACACUACCGUUUAAAGCAAGCGACACAACCGAGAGGUUUGUAAAUCCCCUCGCGUGUCACCCUCUAGUGACCGGGCCUCGUGCUAACACCGGCGGUAACUAUGAAUACGUUGUGAUUUGUUGUGAAGUCCGAGCCAGCAGAGGUCGCCCUGCUGCAAGGGAAGGAUGCGUCUUCCUCUUUGUUGCUAUCCUUGCUGUUGUCCAGCCGCUGAGGGACUGAGAGGCUGAAAUGUGGCUUUUGUUUGUGUGGUGAUUUGCGUACCAUCUCCAAGACGAUGCCGGAGCUGCUCACGGAGAUCCCUCGAGGCCUUGUGUCGCUCCGCUGCCGCGCUUCUGUAACGGACGUGAUGCAGAGACUGGAGGCUCGGGGGAAGCAGACAGCAUCCAGGCUGAGCCUCAAGAACCCUCCGGCCUGUCAGUGAACAUGCUUUUGAUGAGACUAUUUUAAGAGGUUCACCGAAUAAAGAUGUCGCCGUUGGUGCUGGGAGUCGGAGUGUGCUUAGCUGGGUGGAUUGCUCUUUAUGCUUUGCUGUGCUACACAAACGGCUCUUGUGGCUAUGAAUGGAACUGUCGUCUAGUUACACUCUUCCAUGGCAUCCUUGCAGUCUGUAUAACUGCUUACAUUGGAUACAUAGAUGGACCGUGGCCUUUCACCUACCCAGGUACAAAGAACACCCCUCUGCAGAUCACCGCUAUGGUGGUCAGUCUGGGCUACUUUAUCUUUGACAUGGCCUGGUGUGUAUACUACCGCACAGAGGGCCUGGUGAUGCUUGCCCACCACACCAUGAGCAUCCUGGGUAUUCUGCUCACUCUGUGGCUGGAGGAGUCAGGCAUCGAGUCUUGCGCCGUGCUGUUUGGCAGCGAGAUCACAAACCCCCUCCUUCAGACGCGCUGGUUUUUGAAACACUCGGGCCGCUAUGACAGCUUCCUCGGAGAUGUGGUGGACGUUCUGUUCGUGCUGCUGUUUGUGUUCAUGCGUAUUUUCGUGGGUGGCACCAUGUUGUACUGUGAGCUGAUCUCUCCAAGACCCAAGUUUAUCAUUAAAUGUGGCGGUGUGGCCAUGUACGCGCUGUCCUGGGUGUUCAUGGUGGACAUCGCCCGCUUCGCAUACCGCAAAUCCCAGCUCAAAUCCCAGCGCUGGAUGAAUCGGCGCAGGCUGGCGGAGGUCAACGGGCAGGAUGUGAAGAGAGACUGAAAGAUAUCUCAGAUCAGUGCUUUGGCCUCUCGUUUCUAACACUGGAGAGAAGAAUGAGAAUCAGAACAAGUGUACCAGCUAAUAAAUAUCUGCAGCUAAUAGAUGUUUACAUAUUUUUAAAAAAGGAUUAGAUUUGGUCUUAAUGUUUUUUUAUUAUUAUUUGCCAUUAUGAUUAACUCAAAAUUCUUACAAUCAAAUCUAAUUUGAUAUAUUUGUACUCAUAAGGAAUGACGUGUUUAAACUUUUAAGUACUGGAAAUAUUUGAUAUUUUUGUAAUUAGGAACACUACUUGUUAUAAAUUUUAAUUAGUGAUGUUGCUUUUACAUUAAACUUUUAGUACGUGCAAUAUUCCAAAAUGAUCACGAAACACUACUAAAUGUUUCUGGAAGGUUACUGAAUGAUUUGUUGUGUGAUUUUAAUGGUUUGAGUGAAAAAGUAAAUCUUGUCUUUGAAAUGUAACCCAUUUUGAAAUGAUGUCUUACCAGCUGUUUGCAUCAGUUGUUUAUCUGUUAUGGUGAUUUGACCACACCUUGAUAAAUCAAUAAACAUCAUCAUCACCGUCAUCUGCAUCAUUACAAUAAUGUAUUUUAGAAUGUUGUAAUGUUGAAGUUGAUCAAUGAAAAUGUAUUAAAGUUUAUUCAAAGUCACUGUGACUUUAAUUCACCA